AUGGAUAUAACACCUGAUUUAAGUCAUUUAACCGAUGAUGAGAAAAAAAUAAUCGAAGCUGUUAUUAAUCGACAAAAAGUUGAAGAAAAACUUGAUACAUUUAGAAUUCAAUCUCAAGACAAUGAUUAUUCAUCCCCACCAAAAGCUAUAUCUUCUCGUCAUCAUUCUCAAUUAAAUGAAUCAGGUAUACUUUGUCAAAUUUGUCAAAAAACAAAAUUUGUUAAUGAAAAAUCAUCUCGUCAAUGUUCAAUAUGUCAAAAACAUUUUUGUGUACGUUGUGGUAUUCGUUUAAAAUCACAAUAUUAUGUUUGUAAUCAAUGUAAACAAAAACAAGAACAUUAUUUUUCAUUAAGAAAUAAUACAUGUAAACAAUAUUUAUCCGAUUAUAUUUUAUCUCAAACAUUAAAUGAAGAUCAAAUAAAUAAAUAUGGUGCUAAUCAAAAACGUAUUUUACCAAAAUUAAAAAUGUCUAAUGAUGAUGAUGAUGAAAUUUCAUCACCUGAAUCAAUAGCUACAUGUGAUAAUAAAAAUCGAUUAUUACAAGAAAGAAAACAAGAUAAAUAUUCAAUAAAUAUUUUACGAGAUUUUCAAUAUCAUUCACUUGAAGAAAAAGAAUCUUGUCAAGAAUCAACAUUAAAAGAUUCAGGAAUUGAUACAGCUAGUUCAAGUUUUUUUCAUUUUUUUCGAUAUUGUUUGUCUUGUCCAAUAACAUAUUGGUGUUUUAAUGAAACUCGAACUGAACAAAUUGGUUAUAUUUAUUUAAAAAAUAAUCUUUCAACAUAUGAAUACGAACAAAAACAAAUACAUACAGAAGAUAUUUUAAAUGCAUUAGGUUUAAAAAUACAAUCGGGUAUUCAAUAUGAAAAUGAAUCUAUUACUGAAAUUACAAAAGUAAUACGAGGAAGUAUAGCUGAUACAUAUGGACAAUUACAAAUUGGUGAUCAAAUACUUGAAUGGAAUGGAGAAAAAUUAAAAAAUCUUAAUUCAAAUGAUGUUAAUCGAAUAGUUACACAAAAUUCAAUUCAAUCUCCACAAAUUCAUAUGAUUGUUAAAAGAUUGAUUAGACAACCAACAUUGCUCAAUAAUGAACGAAUUUCUCAAGGAGAUCAAACAAUAUCGUCAACAAUAGAGAACAAUAGUAUUCAAUUACAACUUUCCUUUCAAUAUGAUCAAAAAUAUUUGCAUAUUAUGAUAUACAAUGCUAAGAAUAUUCCGAUUCGACAAGGUUUAUUUGCUUGUCAAUUAUCAUUAGAAUAUGGAAGUGACACAUUAUCAAAAGAAGAAAAAUGUACAAAAGCUCAACCAUGUUCAUCUGGUAUAUGUAUAUGGAAUCAACAUAUAAUAUUUUUUGAUAUUGAUACAAUUGAUAAUAUUUUAUUAUGUAUUAAAUUAAUUAAUCUUGAACAUAAUCAAGAAAUUUUAGGUGAAAUUAAAUUUAAUAAAUUAAAUUUAAAUAAUAAACCUGAAUGGUUUUAUUUAAAUGAUACAUCAAAUGAAUCAUUAUUCAAUCGUGUUCAUUCAUCAACAACAAACAUCCCAUCAACUACUAACAAUCGUAAAAGACAAUUACCAGAUAUUCCUAUUGCAAAACUACAUGCAAAUGGAGAAAAAGUUUCAAAAGAAUUAUUUCAAAAAGCUAUGCAAAUAAAAUUACAACUUCAUAUGCAAUCAAGAAAUGAUAAAUCUGUAUUAAAACAACGUAGUUUUGAUCAUAGAGAUUCUAUAGAAAAACAAAUGUACGAUGGCGAUGGUCGUACAUCAAGAAUAGAUGAUAAUAAUACAAAAUCAAUGAAUAAUUUAUCAUUAUCAUCAUCAUCAUCAUCAAAACUUACUUUUAGAACAAAUUCAAAAGACAAACCACAACGUAUACCAAUGAUGAGAGAAAGAAGUGCACCAAAUCCAACAUUAUCAAGACAAACAACGAUAAUUGGACAAGAUGAAAUUAAUCUAGAAAAAACAAAAUUAAAAUCAUUUGAAGAUAAAUAUGGACGAGUUAUUACAAAACGACAUUCUAUGGAAACACAUAGUGACGAUGUUGAUUCCGAUGGAUCUGAAUUAUCAUCAGCUUCAAAAAUGAGUUCAACUAGUAUGUUAUCAACACAAUCAGAACGACCUCAAAAUAUACGAAAAUAUAGUAUACUUACACGUCUAAAUGAUCAUUUUCAUCAUGAUGAUGAAAAUAAAUUAAAUGAAGAAGAACUUCGACAAAUGGCUAUGCGUACAUAUGAUACAUUAACAAAUCCUUCAAAUACUGAUGAUAAAACAACAAUCAAUGAAAUAGAUAUAAAACCAAUUUCACUACCUAUUGUUUUAAAUACAAAAACAGUUAAAUUUGAACAAAAGAAUGAUGGAAGUGUAUCAGAUUCAAUUUUAAGUUCACAAACAGAAUCAAGUAAAAAACGACGACCAUCAAUGUCAUCAAAAGCUUUUGUUAUACUUGGAUUAUCAAGAAAAGCAAAUAGUUCAACAAAUAUUGGUAAAAGAUAUGGUUUUCAAAGAAGUGAAGAAAUUGGUGUACAACCUCAUUUACGUAGUCGAACAUUACAACGAGAAAUAAGUAAAGAAAAAGACACACCAAGUAGUGCUCCACCAAUAGAUUCAUCUCGAUCACCAUUUAAUACAUCACUUCAACGUGAUCAAUAUCAUUCAAUGCCUCAUAAUAUCGAAUUAUGGUCUGGUGGACUUAAAUUGCCACAUGAAUAUCAAUUUAAUGAAUUUGUCGAAGGUUUAGGAGCAGGACAAUUAGUUGGACGACAAGUUCUAGCUUCUCCAUGUCAUGGUGAAAUUCAAAUAGGUCUUCGUGAUCAUCAAGGUUUACUUGAAGUUGAAAUAGUACGAGCAAGAAAUUUACUUGAAAAAGUCAUGUAUAAAAUGCUUCCAGCACCCUUUGUUAAAAUAUAUUUACUCGAUGGAAAAACAUGUAUUGAAAAACAACGUACUCGUACAACACGUCGUACACUUGAUCCACUUAUACAACAAACACUUACUUUUAAAGAAAAUUUUCGAGACAAAGUUUUACAAAUAAGUGUUUGGGGUGAUUAUAGUAAAUUAGAUCGAAAAAUAUUUAUGGGUGUAUGUCAAAUAGGUUUGAAAGAACUUAAUUUAAAUUCAUCUCAACAAAUUCUUGAUUGGUAUAAAUUAUUUUCUGCUAAUUCUUUAAUGAAUAAUUAUGUAAUUUUACAACAAUCACCAAAAAGAAAAACUUCAUUAACAUAA